CGUUCGGAAGGAGGCGGAGCCUACCUCGCAUCAGGACCAGCCUGGCUGCACCUGCAUCCUUCGCCCAGAGCAUCCCUGGAGCAUCUUAAGAGGAGAACGCAGCUGGCCACCACGGAUCAAACCGUCGCAGUAGGCGUCCGCCGGAUAUCGUCCCCCGCCCCUGGUCAUACUCUCUACAGAGGGAGCCCUCGGCACCGACCGGGGACCCCCAGAGUGGUCUGACCAUUUCCAAAAGCCUUUCUAGCAAAUAACCUCUGACUACGACAUGGCUGAGAUCACCAAUAUCCGACCUAGCUUCGAUGUGUCACCUGUGGUAGCCGGCCUCAUCGGGGCCUCUGUGCUGGUGGUAUGCGUCUCGGUGACCGUAUUUGUCUGGACAUGCUGCCACCAGCAGGCAGAGAGGAAGCACAAGACCCCACCAUACAAGUUUAUCCACAUGCUCAAAGGUAUCAGCAUAUACCCAGAGACCCUAAGCAACAAAAAGAAAAUCAUCAAAGUGCGGAGAGACAAAGAUGGCCCAGGGAGGGAAGGUGGACACGGGAAUCUGUUGGUGGACGCCGCCGAGGCCGGCCUGCUGGGCCGCGCCCCGGGUUCCAGGGGCCCUGGCUCUGGCGCGUGUGUGGACCAGUUACCCAUCAAAGUGGACUAUGGGGAGGAGCUGAGGAGCCCCAAUGCCGGCCUGACCCCUGGUGAGAGCAAAACCACGUCCCCCUCCUCUCCCGAGGAGGACGUCAUGCUUGGCUCCCUCACCUUCUCUGUGGACUAUAACUUCCCCAAGAAAGCGCUGGUGGUGACAAUCCAGGAGGCCCAUGGGCUGCCGGUGAUGGACGACCAGACCCAGGGCUCUGACCCCUACAUCAAAAUGACCAUCCUCCCGGACAAGCGGCACCGGGUGAAGACACGGGUGCUGCGCAAGACCCUGGACCCUGUGUUCGACGAGACCUUCACCUUCUACGGCAUUCCCUACAGUCAGUUGCAGGACCUGGUGCUGCACUUCCUCGUGCUCAGCUUCGACCGCUUCUCCAGGGAUGAUGUCAUUGGGGAGGUCAUGGUGCCACUGGCCGGGGUCGACCCCAGCACUGGCAAGGUCCAGCUGACCAGGGACAUCAUCAAAAGGAACAUCCAGAAGUGCAUUAGCAGAGGGGAACUCCAGGUGUCUCUGUCAUACCAGCCUGUGGCCCAGAGAAUGACAGUGGUGGUCCUCAAAGCCAGACACUUGCCGAAGAUGGACAUCACCGGUCUCUCAGGUAAUCCCUACGUCAAGGUGAAUGUCUACUACGGCAGGAAGCGCAUUGCCAAGAAGAAAACCCACGUGAAGAAGUGCACUUUGAACCCCGUCUUCAAUGAGUCCUUCAUCUACGACAUCCCCAGCGACCUCCUGCCUGACAUCAGCAUCGAGUUCUUGGUCAUCGACUUCGACCGCACCACCAAGAACGCCGUGGUUGGGAGGCUGAUCCUCGGUGCGCACAGCCUGACGGCGGGGGGUGCCGAGCACUGGAGGGAGGUGUGUGAGAGCCCCCGCAAGCCGGUGGCCAAGUGGCACAGUCUGAGCGAGUACUAAUCUCAGCCGCCGUCACCCUGGGCCAGGCUGGGGGCACUGUGGCAGGGGGUGGGGGGAUACCCCAGACAAAAGUGGACUCCAACCUCAUUUUAGCUCUAUUAGAAAAUUUCUAACCAAACAAGCCCCACAAAAUAAAACCAACCCCACCCUCCCCCUCCCAGGACCAUACUGCAGAUCAGUUCUUAGUGAUGAUGGUUUUCCUCCUUUGCAAGGCACUAGAAAUUCUUUUUUGUUUUAUUAAAAGGGGAAAAAAAAGAAAA